AUGUCAACAGAUGUGACAACUGAGGGACUGUCAACAGAGGGAACCACACAUCCCUCAACAGAAUAUCGAACAGAUGCCAUGUCAACAGAUGUGACAACAGAGGCUCUAUCAACAGGUGAAACCACACAUCCCGCAACAGAAUAUUCAACAGUGACCAUGUCAACAGAUUUGACAACAGACAUUCAAUCAACAGAUGAAACCACACAUCCUACAGCAGAAUAUUCAACACACUCCAUAUCAACAGAUUUGACAACAGAUGCUCCGUCAACAGAUGAAACCAUAUAUCCCACUACAGAAUAUUCAACAGGAACCAUGUCAACAGAUGUGACGACAGAGUCUCUAUCAACAGAUGAAAGCAUAACUCCUACAACACAAUAUUCAGCAGGCUCAACGAUAACAAAUACGGAGGAUGUUCUAUCAACAGAUAUGACGUCUCUUACUACAACAAAAUAUUCAGUGGCCUCUACGACUACAAAUGUAACAACAGAUACCCUAUCAACGGAUGAAACCACACAUCCAACAACAGAAUAUUCAACAGCCUCCGAGUCAACACAUACGAUAACAGACGUUUUAUCAACAGAUAAGACUUCUCGUCCUGCAACAGAAUAUUCCACAGCCUCUAUGA